UACUGGAACCGUCACACAGCGACCUAACGCUUUCAUAUCUCAUCUCCAAUUGGAAAAACAGUAGAAAGACGAACGGCACCCGAUAGAGAUUUUGUGGCUGGAUUAAGGGUCUGAUAAUAACAGUUACAAAACAAUGCACAGGCAACUCAUUUCGCACUUCUAGCAGUUGUGAUGAUUUAUUUUGUGGAGGUUCCAGCCUUGUGUGGCUGCGCCAGCUGACGCAGCUGGCCCAAACUGUUAACACCAAACGACGAACACAACAAUCAACAACAAUCAUCAGAAUUUUCUGCUAGCCCAAUUGGACAGAGGAUAUUUCACAUAAUUCGUCUUAUAUUUGCUUAGCGUCGCAUAAAAUACGUAGGAAUAUGCAGCGAACAGCCGCAGAAAGUGGAGGUACAAAGUCUCCUUUGCAACCAUCUGAUAAAUUAUUGACACUAGAGCAAGGAGCAGAAUUGAUAGCACCAAUUAAACAGUUCUCUAACAAAUCUGCUCGGCAGAAGAAAAGUUUAAGUGCUGUUGCCACUGGUUCUGUUCUAUGCAAGAAACGACUUCAGGGCCAUUCUGGUCUUGAUCAUCAUCCUUAUCAGUCAUCUCAUCCUAACUGCACUCGCUUAGAUUUGAACAUAGCAUCGAAAGAUAAUUUGAGCUCAUUCACCCAGAGAGUCAUGUCAGCAAAGUUGCUUAGACUGAAGCAAUUACAGAAUCAGUUAUCAGAGGCGCAUCUUCAUCUCAAUGAGCUCUGUACAGAGAAUAGACUUCUUCGAUCUCUGCAAAAGCGGCAAGAUUUGGCUCUUGACAGAUAUGAGGGUACACAGGCUCAGCUUCCCCAACUUGUAAGGUCACAUCAAGAGGAAGUCCGAGUUCUACGAACCAAGUACAAAACACUGAAACAUCAACUUAGAAGUGUAACAAACACACUUAAAGAACGUGACAUAGAGCUCCAGAAUUUAAAGGAACAGCAUGCCCAUUUGUUGAGACUCUCAAAAGACCGAAAUCUUGGGGAGCGGGAAGCUUUGACUACACAAGUACAUGAUCUAAAAGUUACAGUUGAAAAUCAGUCUAGUACAAUUCAAGUGCUCAACCGAAAAGUGCUUCUAGAAACAAAGAAUUUAAAAUUUCAAUUACAACAAGAAAUGCAGAAACAUAAAACGACUCAAUCAGAAUUACAACAAACAUUUGCAAAAAUGGAACAGCUUCAAAUGCAGUUAGAUCAGGUAAAGGAGAGAAAUAGUUUACCAUCUUCAAUGGAUCGUGUGGGAAAAUCUCUAUCUGCUAUAAAACUUCCAGGAGAUCAUAAAGUUGCUAGGAGAAUUUCAGUUGAAAGAAACCCUCCUCCUAAUUCUCGAUUUACGAAAACAAACAAGGAAACUGGUUUACUCAUAUCUUCCAUCAAUACUCCAAGCUUAGUUGAGCUAGAUUCUAGACCAGUAACUUACUUAGAAAAAAACAAUGAGUUUUCUACAAGUUUGGACUCGUCACCAGAGCAUACUGUGAACGACACCAAGGAAAAUAGUCCAACUGUACCUAUUAAUAUGAAGUCAAGUUCUUAUCAGUUUUAUAGAGAUGCUAAAAGAAAAGAAAUUUCUGAGUUCAAUAUAAAUCUUGAUGCUCAUAGAGCAAAAAGAAUGACAGAAAGCAGCAGCUCAUUUGGGACAGUAUGCAAUGAAGUUUUAGAGAGAGAAUAUGAAGAUGCUGUUGCUAUGCUCUCUGAAUUGUCAACAAAACAUGGUACAAAUUUUGAGGAGGACAUUUCGAAAUCACUGGCAUCUCUUGAUUUGAAGUCUGCAAAGCAUGUGGCAACCUUGGCAAAUGCUACUUUUGCCUUGAAGGGAGAGUGUCAUCAGGCAAAACCCUCUACAACUAAAAUUAAAAUUAAACCGGAUGGGGAUUCAUCUCCAGUUAAAAUAAACCUACUUGAAGAGAACUCUACAGUUUCAGCUCAUUUAAACAGUAACCAGCAAUCUAGUACUAACAGUGAUAGUCAUAGCAAAGAGACUGACUUGUCUAAAUUUUCCAAUUCCCAAAAUGAAAAUAUUUUAGGAAAGAAAAGUAAUCUGGAAAGCUUCCUAGAUCAUGAUGAUUCCAGUGGUGGUUUUAUGAUUGAGAGUAUACCAUUAUCACAUUUACGUCCCAUGAGUCCUCCCAAAAAAGAACCUAAUGUACAAGAAGAGUGCAGUCACAGUAAAAGCACAGAUGAAGAAAUGGAAGCGUCCCACAAAGAGGCAUUGUUGAAAGCUUUGAAAGCAAUUGAUGACAGUUCCACCCGGGGAAAUGAUUCUGAUGAUAGUGACUCAGCAAUGAUAAAACUGACACCUGGCACUGCCAGUACCCAACGAAUAUUUUCAUCUGUCACUUCUGGAAUUGGAGACACUCGAACACUAAGCAGAAGAAGAAGAUCAUUUAAGUGACUGUAAAUACAAUCCCCUGGAUAAGAUGUGCAUAUUUUUGUCUGUAAUGUAACUCCUUCAAUUUGCAAUGUUAUUAUAUUUUGAAUUAAAAUAAAUUUUUUGUGGAAAA